CCGUAUCUUCACCCUCUUCGUCUGUUUCUCAUAAACCUGAUUUAGGGUUUAUUCCAUUCUCUCUCUCUCUAAUUGAUUGAAUCAAUAAUGGAGAGUAGUAAGAUGAUUUGCUCGGGCUGCGACAACGACGCAUUCGAAGAAGAAGAUGGUUUCUUCUACUGCCUCCAGUGCGGCGUUCGAGCGGACGAUAUAAUCGCGACCGCCGUCGACGACGAGGACUUAGCCGGAGAUGCUCGCGGCGGCGCAACGUAUUCGCAGCUCAACACUCGCCGUAUAACAACGCAACCAACAGCCCCUCCUUCACAUCCCGAGGAAACGAAUCAAUACUCCCAGUUCCGCUCUCAGCUCAAAUCCGCCGCAAGCAAGAUCUCUCAACCUAACGACCUAGGAGGGCCAACGGAUCCGGAGGAUUUCGGAGGAGAAGAAGCUGCCGUGGCGGCUUUGAGCUACGAGGAUUGUUACCAACAGACGAGAGAGAGAUACGCUAAUGGUCUUAUAAUGAUGAUAACUUAUCAGUGCGAUGCGUUGGUUGAGAAAUUCAAUGUGACGCCGUUGAUUAUCGGUCUUGUGGCACCCAUCUGCUUACGUUUCUUGGCUCUCUCUGGUGCCUUUGAUCAAGAUUGGGCUGAUAAUGCUAUUCGUGAUUCCGAGCUUCAAUCUCAAGAGACAAAUGGAGAAGUAAGAGAGGUUAAGAAGCGGCGUAGUAACAAAGGUGACUCACAACAUCGUAGCUUUGAUGGUAAAAGAGCAGUUAUGAUAUGGCUAAGUCAGCUUAAGAGCUCUCUGCCACUGUCCAGCUCUCUUGCUAUAUCUUUCCUCGCUUGUCACAAAGCGGGAGCACCGGUUCUACCCACUGAUAUAGUGAGAUGGGCGCGAGAAGGUAAGCUCCCUUACCAAUCGUGUUUUCUCAAGAUUCAAGAACUGAUGGGAGAGCGAACGGCCGCUUGUCCCGUGGGAGCUAGAGUCAUGUUCAGCCCCGAUGAGAUUGUUUCUGCUCAGAACUUGGAAGCGCAAGCGGCGUCCAUUGCUGAUGUUAUCGGUUUGGUUUUGCCUCCUGUGAAUUUCCACGGCAUUGCUUUGAACUACCUGGAGCGUUUGUCUGUUCCCGUCGAUAAGGUUAUCGAUCUUGUGCGUCUCUGGGCGAUGCCUUCUGAGAUUUACCUGUCUAAAAGCCAGCACAGGCUUCCCACUCGUGUCUGUGUUAUGUCUAUUCUUGUUGUAGCGAUACGGAUGCUUUAUAACAUCAAUGGUUUCGGUAUGUGGGAGAAGAGUUUGGGUGAUGAUGAUGAUGAUGCUGCUUCUGAGGAGUCUGGUGAUGAUGGAGAGUUGGUACAAGUGAAGAAAGUAGCAACUGAGUUUGACACUGAAGAGCUUAUGAAGACCCUUGAAACGAAAUAUUACGAGCUCGAGGCCGAAACCACCGCUGAUUUUGAAAAUGAUCUUUGUUCAUAUUUAUCUCACGGGAAAAACGAGAUCUUUGCUGGUUUAGAAGCGGCAUCAGCUGAUGACACGUACAGGACCGUUGGUAAGCUCUGGAACAGUUACCAGAAGGAAUCUGAAGGGGUUGAAACUCCAUCCAAGAGUGGAGAAAAAACUCCUCGUGAGCCAUCAUUGGAAUGUUCUCCAUCACGAGAUGAUGAUAAUCAAGAAGAUGGUAGAUCCAAGGAGAGAGCGAUAAGCAGACUAAUAGCAGACAUGGGAGAGAACUAUUUCGUCUACAUACCGCCACGAGUGAAGGUAAAGAGACAAGGGUAUAUUCAGUAUGUGAGGAAGAAAGAUGAUGGAGCGUUAGUAUACGCGGUUCACGCUGAUUACUACAUUCUUCUGCGUGUUUGCGCUCGGGUCGCUGAGAUUGAUGCUAGGAAUAUGCAUAGAGGUGUGUUGAGCUUUGAGAGAAGAUUAGCUUGGAUUGAGAAACGGAUUGAUCAUGUCUUGCAUCUAACUCCAACUUCUACUUCUAUGAAAUGUAAGCACUGUGAGUAUAGUAACGCUGAUUCAGAGGAUCAAGAUGACGAUAUGGUUUAAGUCUGAGUAUCAUCAUCAUUCAACUGUUCGAUUUUGAAUGACCAAAAUAAAGUCGAUGUUCUGUCGCUUUCUGCUUCAGAGCCAUGGAACAGGGUGGAACAGGGGAUCUCUGUUGUCUGUGCAGCCGGGAACAACGGUACUGUCCACAGCUCGGUUGCAAGCACAGCUCCUUGGGUCUCAACCAUUGGCUCAGUCACGCUUGAUAGAAGGUUUCCAGCUGUGGUUAGAUUAGCUAACAAGGAGGCUUCUCUAUGGAUAGUCAAUUGUAUCCAGGGAAAGGUUUAGAGAGAGCAUGAGGUGGUUUACGUCAAGGGAAGUGAGCUUUGCUAGAGAGGGUCAGUUCCAAGAGAUAAGAACCAAGGCAAGAUGAUGAUAUGUGACUGGAGUCAGUGGAAGAUCAGAGAAAGGUUACUCAGAGUCAGUUCUUUUGAAGGCUCACGUGAACGCUACGGUAAGGCGAUUAACCCGGGAUUGGUUUACGACACUGAACCGGUGGAUUACAUCACUUACCUCUGCACUAUUGGGUUCACAAGAUUGAUUGUUUUUAGUUAUUCUAAGCACGGGCUGUAUUUCAUUUAAAAAAUAACUAGAUCAUGACCCGUGCGACCGCACUGAUAUUAAUUUUCUAUUUUACAUUUUAUUUAUUUAUACUAAAUUAUGUAUUUUUAAUA